GUUCAUAUUCAUACUUUGGCUUGGCUAGAUCAUUUCAUAGUUUUCAACCUUAAUUAAAUUUUGUAAUUAAAAUAGAGAAACCAGAAUUAUAUAACAAAUCAAGUCUCUCAGUGAAGAUCGAAACAAAAGAACUUAUCAAGUUAUUUAUUGAUAAGUUCGGAAACAAAAUUCAGAAUCAGAGUACUUUAAUCGAUUUAGGAUGUGGAGAUGGAGGAACUCUUGCAAUUUUUAUCACUAAGUGUUCCUAUCAAAUUUAAAAAUGUUUUUGGUUUUGAUGUAUCUGAAAAAAUGUUGAAAUUUGCCAGAGAAAAUUAUGGUAAUGAUGUGACAAAAUUUCACCAAUUCGAUAUCAACCAAAUGGAAUAUUUUUCAAACGACUUGUUGCUUGAAAAGUGUGGCAUCAAAUAUCAAAGUGCUGAUAUUGUGACAUCAUUCCUUUGUCUUCAAUGGAUUAAAGAUUUAAAAAAAGCAUUUUAUUACAUUGGAAAACUCAUCAAACCUGGUGGUUUUCUCGUUAUGAAUAUGGCGAAAAACGUUCCGGCAUUGACAGAAGCUUACAUCGAAGUUUCGCAAAGGGAAAAAUAUUUACAAUUCAAAAGUGACGCAAAAGUUCCGAUUUUUUCUUUAAAAGAUGUCGAAGAUCCAUGUAGAAUGUUGAAUGAACUACUUAAAGAUGCCAAUUUUGAUGUGAAAUUCUUGGAAUGUGUGGCAUUAUCUAAAGAUUUUGAAAAUCGUUCAAACUUUCACGAUAUGAUAAAAAGUGUUUACACUUUAUCACCUCGCAUGUCGAAAGAAAUGCAGAAUGAAUUUUAUAUCGACUUAUUCGAUUGCAUGGAGACUUCUAUUGACCAGUCAAAUGGCGGAUACGUUUUUUCUUAUGAUUAUUUGUAUUUGAUUGCUGUUAAAAAUGACUGAAAGGUUCGAUGCAGUUGUUAAUAUUCGUUUUAAAUACAUAUCUUUUUCAAUUUCAUUCAAUUAUUCAACUAUUAAAUUUGUAUUCAUAAGACAUGAAACGCUGUUUCCAUGGUAAAACUUUCAUGAAAUGUUUUUCCCUGGUUUGACACUUUUAAUAAUAUUAAAUCUGUCAUGAUUUUUCUAUUUUGGUUUUAAAUUUCAUGAUGCUUAUUUUGUAAACAAUUCCAGCAAUCCAUGUUCUUUGUAGUGAUUAUGAAGAAACAAUCGACGAAAAUAUUUGCUUUGGGAACUAUGGCGCUUUAUUCUACUUGAAACAAUACAUUUGGGUCAUGGGUAAUUAGAAGAAUAAUUGAACCGUA